AACCUCAUUCGUAUAUCAUGUGUUAGUCACAGAACACCAAAAUUUUAAAACAAGCUUGUUUUUGUUUGGUUCUCAGAUUAAGUUUUUACCUUCCAAGACGCUGUGAUUAAAUAACAAAAAAAAAGUGUCUAAAGGACCCGAAUCGGACGAGGAAUACCUGUACAUUUUAUCACAAUGAUGGGCAGAAAGAAGUAUGCGCAGCGUCGUCUCAUGGGCGGACAGCGUGGGUCGAUUGCCUCGCCCAACCCCGAGGCGGAGGCGGAGUGCCAGGAACGGGACUUGCUGAACACCUUCCCUGAUGAGCAACCCAGCAUGUACCAGUGGAUGCGGUGGAAGAACUGCAAGACCGGCAAGGUCUGGAAGCAAGAGACCUAUCCCAUCAUCCGGCCUCCGAUCUCCAAAUGCGGCGAUAAUCGUACCCUCGGGUACAUCGACGACGCCAUGGACGCCAACAAGUGCCCGCGACUGUUCGACAUGGGUAGGGACGACAUACUGGCCGUUUGGAACGAGAGUCCCCGCAAGGAAACCCUAUCCUGCUAUGGGAUCGAUGGCGGGAUACCCAGUCCCGAUGCCGUACGCUUCAACAGAGUAAUGGCCAAAAGCCUCCGGGCAGCCAGCCACGUACCCAAGCCCCCCAAACCCUACGUGAAACCCGACCGCACCUGGCGCAAGAAGGUUCCGGAUCCGAGUGGCCCCUAUGUCCUGGAUCGUGAGUGCCUGAAACGGAAGCUCGACAAGAUGCCCAAUGUGCUGAGGCAGCUAAAGGCCGAAAACGCCUUCACGUGGCUGCACUGCCCACCUCCCGCUGAUCCAGAGUAUCCCUUCGAGGAUGAUGGUGGUCAUCCCACUAUUUCGCUCAUCCAGGCCCUGGACAUGGAGAAGCCACCCAAGCCGCCCAAGAAGAUGAAGAAGUACAUGUACUGCCCUAUGGAUUGCGGCGAACCGCAGAACAAGUGCACCCAGUAUGAAUACGCCAAGUACAAGAUGGAUCCCCGGCCCUACGACGAGGCGUUCAAGCGGGAAAUGGACGCCUACAAAGAGCCCAAGGAGCCGGAGCCACGAAACUACGAUGAGCUGUACAAGGCUCUCACCCCGUGCUUCGUCCAGCAGCAGGAUGGCAACGAAAUGUGCGAGGCCUUUGCGAAAUGUUGCCAGGAUCCCAAGGACCCGCCUACCGUGGGAUGCGGCGAGUUCGGGCCCGAGGGAGCUGGCGGAGAUGGUAAGUCCGGCGACGACCAGAAGGACGACGACGACGACAAGCAUGGCAAGAAGGACACGGACGAUGGGGGACAUAAACGAGACUUUGAUGAUGGGAACAGGGGAGGCCGUAAGAAAAAGGAUGACGGUGGCGAUAUGGGGGACGAUGGGGAUAAGGGCGAUGGGAAGGAAAAAGAGAGCAAGGGCGAUGGUGAUCGUGGAAAGGGCAAGGGUAAAAAGGAGAAAUCCAGUGAAGGAGACGGCGGAAAGCCCCCCGCCCCGGCCCCGAUUGUGGAAAUGCCGAAACCCGACCUUGGCGAUGGCGGAAAGACCCAGGAGGUUAAGAAACCCCCCAAGGAAACCCCCAAAGCCGAAGAUGAUGACGGACUCAAGGGUUAUAUCAAAAAGGACAAGGUCGAGAAGAAAAAGAAAAAGGACAAGAAAGGCAAAAAAGACAAGGAAAAGAAAGACAAGGACGGCGACGGCGUCAAGGAUUGCCCUUGCGAGAUCUGCUGCCAGGUGACCAAGGAAGAGGACACUCCCCUCAUCAAGGACAUGCGCCGUCGCAACAACGAGCGCAUCUUGAAGGAGUAUCUUCGCCGAAUGCGUCAUCGCCAGUACAUGGAGUGCCGGGAUCCCGAAUACCGAGCUCCGCUCCGCAAGUGUGAUCCCAUCGAAUGCGAUUCGGCAUUUUGUGGCAACCACCGCAUGCAGAAGCACUUUGAACGCGUCCAGGCCCUCCAGCAAGUCCAAAGGGAUCUGCUCUGCCGCAACAUGGAGGGGGACACCACAAUCGCCAAGAGCCUGAACUGCCUCCUACACCGACUCUGCAACCGCCUCACCCAGGGCGGCUACUGUGGGUGAGGAGGGUGUGUGUCCAGAGCCGUGUCCUUAUACCCCAAACCUGUUUCGGAAAUCCUUAAAUGAGUCCAAGUCCAAAUGCAUACGUUUCUUCUGUCCAAAUGUGAAUUUUAAGUCAAUUUGUACAGUUUAAUAAACUUGAUUAGCUUUUAAAAAUGUA